AUGCCACUUGGAAAGUUGGACCUAGUCGAGGAGGAAUACAUCGCUGAAAGUGGAGAUCACACUCCAGAAGCAUCCAGACCAGUAGAUAAUGGGGAUGCAGUAGUUGAAAACACAAACGGUCAUUCGAACGGAGAAUUGAGAGUUCGAAAGAAUGAACCAAGAGUUCCGGAUAUGCAGUUGGGAAAAUGUCGAUACGUGAGGUUACAUGACAAUGUGAACUACGUAGCCGCAGCAAUUAUCCUGAGAAAUCAAGGAGACGAUACCGAGGUACUAUUGAUUCAAGAAGCCAAAAAGAGUUGUCGUGGCAAAUGGUAUAUGCCGGCAGGACGGGUGGAAGCCGGUGAAACGAUAGAAGAAUCUGUAGUGAGAGAAGUGAAAGAAGAGACUGGAUACAACUGUUGUGUCAUUGAAUUACUGUCACUUCAAGUACAGGGAUCAGGAUGGUAUCGAUACGCAUUCUUUUGUGAGAUCACUGGAGGUGAUCUGAAAACCCAACCGGAUCAAGAAUCUCUAGCAGCCGAAUGGUAUAAUAUUAAAGAUGUGAAAGCGAACAAAGUUCAGUUGAGAGGUCGAGACUUCAUUCGACUCAUCGAUGAAGCCGUCACUUAUCGAAGUCACGGACCAGUUGAGUCAAUUCCUCGCGUUUUACCGAUCAGCCAGAAUGUCGCCGGACUGUUUUUGGAAUUCAUGAUUGUCAAACACUCUAGAGAUGGGCUUCGAACGGAAGUACUGGUUCACAAAUCUAUCAAAGAUGAGACGUAUCUACUAGAAGAGGAACAACCAUUUCCAACAGUUGAAUUUGGAUUCGAGUACUUUUUUGCGAUGGUUGUCUCGAAAUGUUAUAGGCAUCUCCUGGAAGAAGGUGCCAAUGUUGUAUUCACUCCAUCACACGUGACAAGGAUAAAAUGUCAUCCGAAACCAAUGGAAAGUUUGGCUCACGGAGUCUCAGUUCGAGUGUACUGUCAACACAAACAAUCAGCCACAAAAGCGGUAAUCAGGAGUCCAAGAUAUCACUGGAUUACUGUAAACUCACUGGAAACUCGCCAACGAUUUCACAUGGAACAGAAACAAUUUCGGCCGUCACUGCAUAUGCUUUAA